ACACUACGUCUCUGUGUCUGUGUGUUACAGGUGGGCACAGCCAGGUACAUGGCUCCUGAAGUGUUGGAGUCCAGGCUGAACCUGGAGAACAUUGAGUCAUUCAAGCAGACAGAUGUCUAUUCUAUGGCUCUGGUGUUGUGGGAGAUCACCUCCCGCUGUCAUGCCAUCGGAGAGGUGAAGGACUAUGAACCUCCAUAUGGCUGUAAAGUUCAGAUGCAUCCUGGUGUGGAGAGCAUGAAGGAUCACCUCCUGAGAGACAGAGGAAGACCUGAGAUCCCAGACAGCUGGAUCAACCACCAGGGCAUAGCCAUAGUGUGCGGCUCCAUAGAGGAGUGUUGGGACCAAAGACCCGGAGGCCAGGCUCACAGCCCAGUGCGUGGCCGAGACGCUUCAGCGAGAUAGAAGACGAGAUGGAGAAACUGUCCAGCCGCAGCAGCUCCGACGAGA